ACUCCCUGGCCUGAGCCAAGCACUCUAGCCAGUUCCAGAUGUCAGGGUUCAGAGGCCUGGUCCCAGAGCUGGAGAACAGCCUAUGGAGUUCUCCCACCACAAGCUGCAUGAGCAAGAUGUGCUGGUGGCUCCUUUGGGGAAUCCUCCAUACUUGCCCCACACAGGCCUCUGUGCUUUUGGCCCAGCAGUCACCACAGCAACUGACAUCCCCUGGAUACCCAGAGCCAUAUCUCAAAGGCCAGGAGAGCCACACUGACAUCGAGGCUCCAGAGGGGUUUGCUGUGAGGCUGACCUUCCAGGACUUUGAUCUGGAGCCAUCCCCAGACUGUGAAGGCGACUCUGUCACAAUUUCAACUGGAGGAACAGAUGCAACCCGGCUGUGUGGGCGGCAAGGUUCCCCUCUGGGGAACCCUCCUGGUCACAGGGAGUUUGUAUCUUCUGGUAGGAGCCUGCGGCUGACCUUCCAGGCACACUCGUCCUCCAAGAGCAAAAUCACACACCUCCACAAAGGUUUCCUGGCUCUCUACCAAGCUGUAGCUGUGAACCAACCCAAUGGGGACACCGAGGCUGUCACCACACCCGGAGCUCCCAAGAUUCAGAACCACUGCCAAGAUCCUUAUUAUAAGGCAGACCAGACAGGGACACUUAGCUGCCCAUCCUCGUGGAAGUGGAAGGACAGACAGGAUGGAGGAGAGGUUCCUGAAUGCGUGCCAGUCUGUGGAAGACCAGUCGUCCCCCUUGCUGAGAACCCAAACACUUUUGGUUCUUCCCGAGCUAAACUGGGCAACUUCCCCUGGCAAGCCUUCACCAGCAUCUAUGGUCGUGGGGGUGGAGCCCUGCUGGGUGACAGAUGGAUCCUGACGGCUGCCCAUACCAUCUACCCCAAGGAUAGCAUCUAUCUCAGAAGGAACCAGAAUGUGGAAGUGUUUCUGGGUCACACAGACAUAGACGAGCUACUGAAACUCGGGAACCAUCCUGUCCGUAGGGUCGUGGUUCACCCAGACUACCGCCAACAUGAGUCCCACAACUUCAAUGGAGAUAUUGCUCUCCUGGAACUUGAGCAGAGAGUCCCUCUGGGGCCCAAUCUCCUCCCAGUCUGUCUGCCGGACAACGAGACCCUCUACCACAGCGGCCUGUGGGGUUACGUCAGUGGGUUUGGUGUGGAGAUGGGCUGGUUAACAACAAAGUUGAAAUACUCAAAACUGCCUGUAGCUCCCAGGGAGGCCUGUGAAGCCUGGCUCCACCAGAGGCAGCGAACUGAGGUGUUUUCUGACAAUAUGUUCUGUGUUGGGGAAGAGAUGCAGGUGAACAGUGUCUGCCAGGGAGACAGCGGCAGCGUCUAUGUGGUGUGGGACGAUCUUGCUCUCCGCUGGGUGGCCACAGGCAUUGUAUCCUGGGGCAUCGGGUGUGGCAAGGGGUACGGCUUCUACACCAAAGUGCUCAGCUACAUGGAUUGGAUUAAGAGGGUGAUUGAAGGUAAAGACUGACCCCAGGGGGCCCGAGGAGUGGCCAGCCAGUGCUGUGGAGGUCCCUGCUAAGAACGGGCAGGAGUGAGGAUCCACUUGAAACCGGGAGACCCCAUUUAAGUCACUGGUUCAGCAGGGCAGUGGUGGCACAAGUCUUUAAUCCCAGCACUUGGGAGGCAGAGACAGGUGGAUUUCUGAGUUCCAGGUCAGCCUGGUCUACAGAUUGAGUUCCAGGACAGGUAGGGCUACACAGAGAAACCCUGUAUCAAAAACUAAACAAAAAAAAAAAAAAAAAAAGUCACUGAUUCAGCAACCCACUGCCAAGAGAAAGCCCCGCCUCCCCAGACCACGCUGUCCCAAAUCAGAAACAGAACCUUCUGCUCUCCUGGGUUUUAUACCAAGCAACCUUUGCUCAGAAUGUCUUUUUGUUUGUUCAAGGCAGGAUUUCACUCUGUAGCCAGGCUGGCCUUGAACUCACGGCAAUGCUCCCGCUUCAGCCUCCCAAACACUGGGAUUACAAGCGUGUACACCUGCAUCAUCACCAUGUGUGUCUUUUUUUAAUUCCCCGACCUCAGCUAUGGACGGUUUCUUCUGUAUUUACUCAUGGUCUCUUGUGUUUCUGAAAUAUUCUGAAAACCCUUACAAUGAGCUUCAAAUAUGCCUCCUGUCCCAGCUUCUCCAGACAAUCGUGGCAAUACUCGAUUCCAUUUUACAUCUACUGUAAGCCAGGAGCAUCGCCUGUUGUCUCAUCCAGUCCUCCCUCCCUGUUGGCAGAGGGUGUGUUUUCUGUCAUUCAUGCCUCACAAAGAGGAAACGGAAGCUCCCACAGAUCCCGUGGCUUGUGGAAGUUCCAAAGCUGGUUCUCCACUGAGGCUUCAUUCAUCCCAGCAUGUUUGCCCAGCAUGCUCUGUCUCCGGGAUUCCUCCCAGUUGCCCCGCAGACCUGCCUGAGCACCCAUUUCACCUUCCGGGCUCCACCACUGUACAGACUCCAUCCCUGGGAAGGCCUGUUUCUAUGAAGAUUGUACCACCAGCUCUCACUUUCCUGCUGGCCCUCAUCACCCAGGGCAUUGCGAGCCUGAGAAGAUGAACUCUUUAAUUUGUAGGGAAGAUUUGGAGUGAUUUAUACUAAAAGACAAAAUAAAACACACGAGUUCAGUGAUAAUAGAAAAUGAAUACCAUAAAAGAGAGGGGAGAAAAGGAAGGGGGUUAGUGUUGAGAUGAACGUGCUCUAAAGUCAAAGGUUAAAUUUAUCUUUGAAAUAACAGCAGCAUCCAAGCUAAGCCAUAAUACACACUAAAAUCCCAGCCACGCGGGAGGCUGAGGCAGAAGGAUCAUAAGUUCAAGGCCAGCUUUGAUCUCAUUUCAAAGUUAACAAAAAAUUAAAACAUAGUAGUGGUGCCUUAUGCCUUUAGUCCUAGCACUGCGGGAAGUUCAAGGCCAGCCUGGUCUACAAAGUCAGUUCCAGGAUAGCCAGGGCUACACAGGGAAACCCUGUCUUAAAAACCAAUAAAUAAACAAAUAAAUUAAUAAAUAGUUGGCAGG